CACCUUUUAGAAUAUCGCUCUCUUUCUCUUCGACUCCGAGAAGGCUCUGGAAAGUCUCCCAUGGCGUACGUUGAACGAGGCGUUGUGAAAUCCCAGAGAUCAUUUUGGCGUCUCAAAACCAUAACUGAUUUCUUUUGGGCCAUUGUAAACAUUAUCGGUGUGUUUUUUACCACCUUAUUCUCGAUGGAAAAAUCUGAGGCUUAUAGAAAAGGAUCUGGUUCUGGCAAGAAAUGGGACGGUGGUGGCCCAGGAGGUCCCGGGUCAGGGCCUUACGGUGGUCGUCCACGUGGGCCACCUCGUGGUCUAGACAACGUUCGAGGAAUCGAUCAUAGUUCACUACCUGCCUGUGGCUCGUGCUGCGGCUAAACUUUUGGCUGCUUCCAUGGUGCAUUUACACAAGGGUGUCUACAAAAUACUCUUCAAUUUAAAAUCGUGGGCCGUGUUGUAAAUGUUGAUGGAAUGCUAUCUGCGAAUAUAAAUUAGUUCAUUAGAUAAAAAAAAAAAAUGUGGUUUCAUAAAUUAGUACUCAAAAGUUAAUUUUGCCAAUCAAUGGAUAAAAUUUUAAGA